CACGCCACGCCACCCAUUGGUCCCCCUCCCACCACCACGACCUCCCCCUGACGCCUCCCCCGGACCACACGCACGCCACCACUCUCGGCCCUUUUGGCCCCCCGAGUACCCCGACUUUGGCACUACUGCAGGACCGUCGACAAGGCUCUUAGUGACACCCAAGACUCAAGUGCUGGAGCUAAGAGACCCCCGUGGUUCUCGACGGCGCGGCUCUCCUCGAGUUGUUCUGCCUACCUGUCUAUACCCGUCAAGCCAGCCAGCAGGCCGUGACGCGGGGCAUGUCAGCUGUGAGCAACUGGUGCCCUGGGCGGCUCCGCGGGGGUGUUGACGGAGUGUUGACAACAUUCCUGGCCACGGUAUAGGUUUUAUUGGCUCGCGGGAGGCAGUGAGGUGUAUUGGCGUCCAGUUGGCCCGUGGAGGUGUUGCCUCGCCUUGCAGCUUAUGUUGAACAUCUUGUAGUUUUGAGGACUGGCGGAGUAUCUUAAUAGCCGAGUGUUCCCGGUGACUGAGUGACCGCUGGUGAAUUACUUUAAGGUUGAGUGUUGUGUAAUGUUCCGCCAGGACGACGUACCACGCGAGUGAUCGACUCUGGUAAGGUUGAGGCGCGACGAACUGUUCUGCUUAACGGUUGACUUGACGACGACUUGGCAGUGGUACCUUGUGCCAAGUGAGUGUGGCAGCCGGCCCAGGUGUGGGCGUGAUGGCGGUGUAGCUCACCGCCCACCUCAUUCCUUGCCAGACCCCUCAGCCACCGGCCUGGAAGCCCUUACAGUUGUCGAAUGGAGAAUGCAGCUCUUACUCAAGAGUAAGCACCGUGAGAAGGGCGGCGGCGGGGGCGGCACUCGUGGGCUGGCGGAGGCGGCUGGUGGUGGGCCCGGCCCCUCCAGGCCGCCCUCAAGAACCACCUCCCGUGGGCCGUCCCGAGGCUCGUCCAGACCACCCUCCAGGCCACCCUCCAGGGACGUGAGUCCCGUGCACGAAGCUGCUAAUUUUCACCCCGACUUGGUAUCCCCCGGAGCCACCUACUACGAGUCCCCUCACCAUCACUACUACCACAACCAUGGUCACCACCACCGCUCCCAUCACCACCAUCACCACCACCAGGCAUGGGAUGCCAGGGCCUCCUAUCACCAGCACCGUCGCAUCGCCCACGACCUCCCUGACGGCGUGCCUGAUCCUCGCUUCGCCCCGACUUGUCCCUGCGGGGGUCGGCUCUCCAGGGCGUCCUCGUGGGAUUCGGAAUGCCCUCCUGAUAAGGCUGAGUCAGGAUGCUUCCCCAAAGGGCGUUCCAAGCACGAAUGUGGCACCCGGUCCGGCCGACGGUCUGGUCAUAAAGACGGCCGGGGCAGGAUACGUCGUCUCAUCGACUUGUCUGUGAUAAUGGGCAUAUUCAAGCCUUGCAAGUUCAAGAGGAUGCUGAACAAGGAACUCAGUCACUUCUCAGAAUCCAGCAAGUCAGGCAACCAAAUAUCAGAGUACAUUUGCACAACUUUCCUCGACCAACAACAGGACUUGGACAUCCCAAGUCUGCGAGUGGACGAUGGAGAACGGCCCAAAAAGAAGGACCGUACGACGUCUGGCGGUGCCUAUAUGGGUAGCCAGGCAUCGCAGGCGAUGAUGUCGGCAAUACCCACCACAACAGCCACCAUCACCACCACAGGCCAUAAGGAGGUCUCCAUGUCCCAUAUCCAGGGAGUCAAGAAGCCUUUCGUGCAUGCUAACUCCUUUACAGGCGAGAAACUCCCUAAGUACGGUGUUGAUACCCACCACGAAGAGGAGCUGGGCAAGCUGGAGGAAAUAUGUGAAGAGAUUUUAGAAGAUGUAGAUAAAUGGGGCAUAGAUAUCUACAGGAUAUCUGAACUCUCUAAUAGAAAACCUUUGACUACUGUAACGUACACAAUUUUCAUGGAACGUGAUUUGUUGAAGACGUUCAAAAUUCCGCCCAAGACUUUCGUAACAUUCAUGAUGACACUGGAAGAACAUUACCUUAAAGAUGUUCCCUACCACAACUCGCUUCAUGCUGCUGAUGUCACACAGUCCACACACGUCCUCCUAAACUCCCCAGCUCUCGAGUCGGUGUUUACCAGCUUGGAGAUUUUAGCUGCCAUAUUCGCUGCUGCUAUCCAUGACGUGGACCACCCUGGCCUCACUAACCAGUACCUGAUCAACUCCUCCUCGGAGCUUGCCCUCAUGUAUAACGACGAGUCUGUGCUUGAGAACCACCACUUGGCUGUGGCUUUCAAGCUUCUGCAGAAUGAUGAUUGUGAUAUCUUCGCUAAUCUGCUUAAAAAGCAAAGGCAAACACUUCGGAAGAUGGUGAUUGACAUGGUGUUGGCCACAGAUAUGAGUAAGCACAUGAGUCUCCUCGCAGAUCUCAAAACUAUGGUGGAGACCAAAAAAGUAGCUGGUUCGGGUGUUCUCCUUCUUGAUAACUACACCGACAGGAUACAGGUGCUACAAAAUAUGGUGCAUUGUGCGGACCUGAGCAACCCCACCAAACCCUUAGAGCUGUACAAAAACUGGGUAUCAUCCAUCAUGGAGGAGUUCUUCCAGCAGGGUGACCGAGAGAGAGAUCAGGGCAUGGACAUCUCACCCAUGUGUGACAGGCACUCAGCCACCAUUGAGAAGUCACAAGUUGGGUUCAUUGAUUACAUUGUCCAUCCACUGUGGGAAACCUGGGCAGACCUGGUCCACCCUGAUGCACAAGACAUUCUUGACACAUUAGAGCACAACCGGGAUUGGUAUCAGCGUAUGAUCCCCAUCUCUCCAUCUUCAUCAUCAAAUGACCUGAAGGAAGAAGAGUAUCAGGGCGACAACUCACAAGAUGUGCCUGAAGAAGAACUUUGUGCUGCUGCAGACAGAAUCCAGAUCCAAUUUACACUUGAUGAUGAAGGAAGUGGAAAACGAGCACCGCCAGAUGAUGCUCAGGGUGAGGACCCUACAAUGUGACCAUUGGUAGCCUCCUACUGCACCAAACUAAAGCGUAAAGUGAUGAGGUGGCUACACCUCAAGUGACCAACCCUACAGGAGGUGGGAACCUUGUUUACCCUCGUCCCCCUCCGUGCUAGUGGCCUCGUCUUCAACUUUUACCUUCGUACCUCAUGUUCUGAGAUUUCUUUAAUAGCCAGGUGGACACUCUGACCGUCUGGCACGCACCAGAGCCAGAACCGCGAUUUAGUGAAAAGUAUGUUGUGCAGACACUUGGGUGUUUUUGUUAAUGCAACUCCCUUGUGAGCCAAGUGUGCGUUUUGCCACGUGUCCAGUGCGCGCCCUGCAGGUUCAGGGAUGUUCGCGUGGGUUUGUCUGAGCUCCCCAAGACUGUGCCGUUCGCCCAGCCUCAGCUGACCCAACCUUGCCUAGUGUGAUCAAUAUUUUCUUGUAGCGUGGUGGAGAGGUAGGAGGUCACAACAGUGAACAGUGCCAAAUUGUUCCUUUAAAUAUGGACCCUAAGAAAGUGAAUUAUGUUUAUCACAAAUACAUGAGCACAAGUUUGGGAGGUUAUUGUUUUGUGAGGACUGAGGCUUUUGUGUGGUACAUAUCAGAUAGAGGUAUUGAUAAUGGGCACAUCACUGGUGCUUACAUCAUGAUUUUGAGAGUGUAAGGCAUUACAAGCUCUUUCAUCAAACAGGUACCUGACGGGGUUCUCUGCUCUUCAUUCCCAAAAUAAUCAAGCUAUCACAGAAGCCAAAGAUAAUUUAUUGCUUCGUAUUUGUGGUGGGGGUUUUGGUCACCAUCGUGACACAUGAGCUACUGUAUAGUACAAAGUCUGAAUGUUUAUACAGUAGCAGAGGGGCAGUGGAUCUUGUCAGGUGUCAUGUCUAUUGUGACAUGAUAAGUCAUAACAAAAGUGUAUGAGAUUUUAGGAACUUUAAUUUGCCAUUUCAAUAGCCAAAAAUUAACUUUUCUUCUUCAUUGGGUCUAUUUGUAACUUCUAUUUAUGCCAAUUUCAUGCAGGGCUCAUGAGUAGUGUUUAUUUUUUUGCAGUGUAACAUUUCAGGUUUUAAUCUUUUAGAUGGCUUAUUUUUUGACACUGUCAUAGAUGUUGGACAAACUUUAUGUAUGGUUUUUAAUAAACUUUUGAAAUAGGUAGACUUGUAGUAUUUUCCCAUGUGAUAACAACAGAGUAUUGAGAACAUAGUAGGCAUCAUGUUGUACUCCAUCAGCUGCUUCAUGUCAGGUCAUUGGCCAAACUCUUGAAUCAGGGCUUGAGACAUGUAAACCACUCAAGGGCCAUCAUUCCUCCCAAGAUUAGCCAUGUAUUAUUCAAAAUAGUUAAAAAAAAAAAAAAAAGGCUCUACCUUUAAAGCGUCAGCUGCUCAAGCCGUGGCUUCAGAAUUGUGCCCAUAGUGUAUGUGUUGCGUAGUUCCGGCUUUACCAAGUGAUGAUGUUCUGAGCCUCACUAACCUGUAGAAGAAAGGGAGGAGAAGUCAUCUUACGGUGGAGGAGGGGAGUGAAGGAGGAACAUUUAGUUUUGCAGAUGUUCCCCUCACCAGACCUGAGGACUGGGUUGUAGGUGAACACCAUUCAGACGACUGCAAAUUAUUUUAAUGUUUAUAAUUUUUUUUACAACAAAUAUUUUUUUUCAUUACAACCCGAAUGUAGUUAUACUGUACGUAUAUAAUGCAGAUGUUAAUUUUUCCACAAGUAUUAAUUGUGGUAUUGUAUCUUACAUAUAUGUGUGCAUACUAUUAUAACGAGUAUUUAUAUGUAAACUGAUGAGCAAGUAAUUAUUGUCCUGUGUAUAAUAAGAUAAAUGAGUAUUUAAACAGUAUCUCUUAUUAAUUAUACAAUUAUUUUUAUAUAUACAUAUAUAUUUUGUGUUACUAACAUUAGCUGAUGCCUCAGGUCUAGGUGUAAACUGUAACAUUCACAAAUGUGGAACAUCUGUAUAGACUAGAUUGAUACUCUUUGUAAUGUACUUCCUUGUAUGUGAAUAAUCCUAAAAAAAUAUGUAAGGAGAUACAGUACCUUAUUUUUAUCAUGGAAGAAAUUAUAAAUUUGUUGCUAUUUAUUCGUCUUUCUCUCGCUCAAGCUAGAUUACUCAUAUCUUUUGUGACAAAGCCCCAGUAUUUAGAUACAGUAUAUACAGGUACAGUAAAGCACAAUACAGUAUCAGUGAUUGAUUCAGGACUGGCCAGUAGGAUUCCUGAAGGCUUUCUGCUGGUUUAUAAAUUCUUAUUUUUUCUUAUGCCAGUCUUAUAAUAAAUAUAAUUUUGGAGUUGAGACUUCAGAUGAACACAAACCCAAUUUUUCAUAAUGUUCCAUAGUCAUCAAGCACAAAAAUGGUAUCUCAUUUUGUGAAGUCUUCUCUACUGUUAUCCAACAUACACAAACAAAAACAAGUGUGCACCUUACUGGCUGGAACUGCAUCCAGCAGUGGCAGGAUAUCUUUAUUAUACUCGGCAAAAGAUGAGAAACCAAUAUUCUUAGUUCUGUGUAGAAUAUUUUCCUACAGAAGAAGACAUCUCUGUAAUUCAUCAUAAUAUUUUUAAAAAGUGGAAAAGUGCCACAGUUUCUCAACUCCUCAUAAUCAUGGCUAAUAAAACUGAUUAUCUCUGAACAGGCCUUUUCUGUAUGGUUGAACAAUCCCAAAGUGCUUAUGGUAAUGGAGGAUGUGUGCAGUCAUGGCACACAAUAUUAGAUAGUGCAACAAUUACAUCACUAGCUAUGGUGAAUAUAUUUGUCAGUGUGUAUUUAGAUACCUGAGUUACUUGAAUUUUCCUUGAUGUAAAAACUUAUAUAUUUUUUUCAGUGUCAUCAAGUAAGUACUUCACGUUUCUCGGUGUCGGCUGGAAUUGAACAACUACAGUAUAGUACUAUUCCACUAUCAAUAUAUACACUACAUGUGAUCUAAUUAAGCAUAUUGAGUUCUUUAUCACAUGCUUCAUUAAAGUUUAUUUUUACAUAUUGUAUAUGAGAAAACAAACUUUACUGAGGCUCUCUUGAUCUUUAUUAAUCCAACCAAUGUCUUACUUUAAAAUAUGGCCCCUUGUAAGUACUCACACAUCUAAAAAAUUGGACUGAUGUUAUUUUUCAAACUUUAAAUUCCAUUUAAUUCUAUACUGUACAUGUUUUACAAACAAACUGGUUGGAUUUAUACUGUGAGACUCAUUAAACCUCAGUCUGAAUGGUCUGAUGCAGGAAAAGCCAUGGUCCUACUGAUACUGUACUUCAUAAAUAUAAUGAUUACAAACUAAAGCCUUCUGUGUGUUUUGUGUAUUUCAUCAUUUGGCACUUGAAUUCUCAAAUCAUAGAAAAUGUAAUUACUGUUCUAUGUAUUAAUGACCUUCAUUGCACAGUGAAAGGUUUCAUACUACAUGAAAUCUUGUCAUUCUUUGGUGAUAAAACAUGAACGCAAAGCAAAGAAAAACUGCAGCAACAAAGAUAUGUAGUUUCAUACUUGUAUAGACUUUCAGGUUGUGUUACUUAUUGAUUCAGAUUGUGUCUUUAUUUUGUAAUACUGCAUUGUUUAUAUAUACUGCGAUAAAUGUGUUUAAGUGCUUUGUAAUUAUUAAAUCAGAUAAGCGUUGAAAAUGAAGUCUUCUUAUUUUUAAAUUGUGGUAAAAUGGCCAUUGAUUUAUGUACCAGGAGAUAAAAUCAUACCAAUAUCAUAGGAUAUUUACAAUUGCAAUUAGCUGUUGAUGAUUUGUCGUUGAUUUGUGUUCAUGUUCAAUUUUUAACUUUGACAGUUCUUGGACUGAGUCUUUUUAAUGACCAUCUUGGAUAGACCAAGAUAGGUGUAUCACUUGUGGCUCCUAUUCCCUGUGGGUGAGAAAGCCACAAUUUUUUGUGGGAUGACUAGACUUCCCACUGUGUACUCCUACAAUAUUGCUCUGGACGGCUACGUCAGGGAUACAGCACACCCCUUUUGUGCCAGUGGAAAAUUUGUGAACAUUUGGAGUCUAGCAGCAUUUGUAGGAUUUUCAUCAGAAAGUAUUUAAUGCCACAUUUUAUGUUAUUUGCCCCUACCCCUCCAGUGUCCACAGCCCCAUGGGUCCGUAGUGCCCUCCGACACUGUGUGGCCACAUGCUGUUAGAACUCCAUCACAUUUUCAAACCUUUCAACCUGGUAUGCUUAGUCAACUGUACAGUCUGUUGUGCCUAUGUAUAUAUGGGUAAUAUGAAAUCCGUAUAAAUUAUAUAAUUUUAUGUAUAAUAGCUAGAAUUAUUUAAUAAAAUAAACUUUUUGAAUAAACUGAA